AUGUCAGAAGCGUCACAGACUGCACCUAUGCCGCACGAUACGAAUGUCGUUGAUAGCUCUGCUACCCCGGACGUUCAGAUGACUGCCGCACCCGUCUCGCUGGACUGUUUCGCGGAAGUGCAAAACGAAAUGGAUCCCCAGCAAGAUAAAAUGGAGACGGAUACGGAUGCUCAGCAAGACGAUAUGCAGACCGAUACCGAUGCGCAGAAAGAUAAAAUGCAGGCCGAUACCGAUGCUCAGCAAGACGAAAUGCAGACGGAUACCGAUACUCAGCAAGAUAAAAUGCAGACGGAGACGGAGCCUGAGCAAGACAAGAUGCAAAUUGAAAUAGAUCCUCAGCAAACGGAUAUGCGAAUAGAAAUCGAUUCCCAGCAAGCGGAAGUGGAUCCUCAGCAAGAUGAAAUGGAAACCGAUCCCCAGCAAGAUAAAAUGCAGACGGAUACCGAUACUCAGCAAGACGAAAUGCAAAUUGAAAUAGAUCCUCAGCAGAUGGAUAUGCGAAUAGAAAUCGAUUCCCAGCAAGCGGAAGUGGAUCCUCAGCAAGAUGAAAUGGAAACCGAUCCCCAGCAAGAUAAAAUGCAGACGGAUACCGAUACUCAGCAAGAUAAAAUGCAGACGGAUACGGAUCCUCGGCAAGACGAGAUGAAAAUUGAAAUCGAUCCUCAGCAAGCGGAUACCGCCAUGGAUACAGAUAAGCCAUCCCGCUGGGCUAAGCAUUCCAGUCUGCCCAAAUUCGUCGCCACAGAAAUUCGGCGAUGGCAUUCAUCGGGAGUGAGAACUAGUGAUUUUGUUAUCCGGUCGAUCCGCCAGCGUAUCAACAGUUUGUCGAAGUUGGUACACAAGCGGGAUCCUAGCUUUGACGGUUCGCCGGUGUUGAUCGAACAGCAAAGCCUAAUCAUCAAUGUUACUCAGAAAGUCAGCCCGAAGGCAGACGACACAUACCCUACUCCACGUGUCAGCCAAAUCCGUCGCUUCAUCCGCAAUAGAAAUCUCGGUGUUACGACACCCGAUGCCAGUAUAAGACAUGAUUCGCGUCCCCUCAGCCGAGCCGGCAGCGACAAAACCUUCACUACGCUCGCCAGCAGUCGUUCCUACGCCAGCCCCCGCAAUAGUCGCUCGGACCAGCAGAAUACAUACAUCCAAGUCAAAGUCAAAAACAGCUUUGCGAUUAGGCACGAAGCCUAUCAGCGUCGCCUUACCUACUUACGCAGAGCGAUGUGUGCGAAGUGGCCGGCCUGUGCUGACAGCAGCUAUGCGGCGUGUCAAUGCUUCUUGAGGGCGCCAGGCCACCGAGUUGUGGUCCGCGAGUUAUCUGACGAGGAGGUGGAACUGGCAUCACUGGCGUACGUCGCCGAACGAUACCUCAUCCUACAGGAUGACAACGACUACCACAUGGGAUAAUGGUCAUACCGACGACCACGACGGCGGGAUCGACUGCAGAACGGGUAUGAUUUGAUGAUGGGUUUGCUUUGAUGAUACAGUUUUUUUUUUGUUCCAUUAGCUUUACUAGCGGC